AUGUGCGUCAUCUGCUUCGUGAAAGCACUGGUGCAGGUUUUCAAGCUCUACCUGACAGCCAACUACACAGACACCUUCCGUGGCUGGCCGGUGGACUUCCGCUGGGAUGAUGUGUGUGCAGCCGGGGGCAGCAGCAGCCAUGGGGCGCUGACCUGUGCAGCGGCUGCAGCCGGUGUUUGGCUCCUGCGUGGGGCAGCUCUAGGCAAGGACACAACAGGCCCGAGCCCACGGGGCACACGUAGCCAGGCGCAAUGCCUGCUGCAGCAGAUCCGCGAGCUGCCCGUUCAGCUGAUCAGCUAUGUGCUGGCCCACUCACUGGGCCGUUGGCUCGUGUAUCCAGGCUCCGUGUUCCUGAUGACACGCGCACUGCUGCCGCUGCUGCAGCAGGGCCAGGAGCGCCUGGUGGUGCGCUAUGGGGGCCGGCGUGCCAAGCUGGUGGCCUGUGAUGGCAACGAGAUUGACACCAUGUUCAUGGAUCGCCGCCAAGAUCCAGGCAGCCAGGGGCAAGGCCAGCUCUUGGUCAUCUGCUGCGAGGGUAACGCGGGCUUCUAUGAGAUGGGCUGUUUGGGGGCACCGCUGGAGGCUGGCUACUCGGUGCUGGGUUGGAACCAUCCAGGUUUUGGGGCCAGCACCGGAGAACCUUUCCCCCAGCAUGAUGCCAACGCCAUGGACGUGGUGGUCAAGUUCGCGUUGCACCGUUUGCGCUUUCCACCUGCACAAGUGGUGCUCUAUGGCUGGUCCAUCGGUGGCUUCACGGCCACCUGGGCGGCCAUGACCUACCCGGAGCUGGGUGCGCUGAUACUCGAUGCCACCUUCGACGACCUGGUGGCCUUGGCACUCAAGGUCAUGCCGCAGAGCUGGAAGGGGCUGGUGGUACGCACCGUGCGCGAGCACUUCAACCUCAACGUGGCCGAGCAGCUGUGCUUGUACCCGGGGCCAGUGCUGCUGCUGCGACGCACCAAGGACGAAGUGGUCACCGCUGUGCAAUCGUCCUGCCCUCUGCAGGCCGGCGACGUGCAAAGCAACCGUGGCAACGAGCUGCUCCUGCGCCUCCUGCAGCACCGUUACCCGGCCGUGAUGGUGCGCGAGGGCCUGGACAUGGUGACACGCUGGCUGCACCUAAGCAGCCCUGCCCAGGAGGCCGCCUUUUACGCGCGACACCGCCUGGACGACGAGUGGUGCCUAGAAGUGAUGCGCGCCUACCGAGAGCGCCGCGAGAAAGAGCUGGGUGAAGAGGACUGGGGCCCCCACGGGCUCCCCUUCCCCUGGCAGGUGGGCCAGGGCCUCAGUUCCCGCAGACGCCGCCAGCUCGCGCUCUUCCUGGCACGCCAGCACCUCAAGAAUCUAGAGGCAACUCACUGCAGCCCGCUGGAGCCCUCUGACUUCCAGCUGCCCUGGAAGCUGUAG